AUGGAAGUCAUUAGGAGAAGCCAGUGUGAGCUGCAGGGAGAUUACUCCUGGAGGUUUCAGUUGGCCAGCGAUCUUUCAGCGUUGGACAGCUACUAUAGAUCCUCGCAUCCCCGAGAUUCCCAAAGGAUACACAUUGACGACCUUCAGAUGUCCUUGGACAGUUUGAAUGACCUGAUGCCCCUAGAGAAAGAAAGUGGUGCUGCAUCCCCUUACAGGGCUUCGUUUUCCCGAUCGGCUCCAUCCUCAGUACUAAGGCACCCACCCAGCCCUGUCCUAAACCGAUCUUCUCUCAGAGAAAGGUUCCAAUCUGAUCACCGAGCUUCAGCCAACUGGGAAGAUAUCCAUUCUCGUGUAAAAAAUAUAUUAAAGACGCACAGUGCUCGACAAAGGCUUGUUUUUGACAAGACUGACACUUGGAAGGAGCCCCAUAGUAGUAUAGGAAACAGAACGUCACCUUACCCAAAAGAACAGCAAGAGAGUCUUCCAUACACACAUGAUACCUCUGUGCACUUAGACAAUGGGGAGUUCUGGUGCAAUAAAGCUUCAGCAUACAAGGGGAAGAGCCACAGGGUCAUCUUUGAAGAGAGUAUGGAAAAGAUCUACAAGAACAUGUACAAGAAUGCCUUAAGUCCACAUACAUACAGAAGAUCACACAAUUCCUAGGGAUAAAUUGGGAUUCUAGCUCUGGAAAGACGCAUCUUCUUUCCAAUACCAAUAUAGUAUUAUUAUGAAACAAUAAGCAAGUGUUAAUGUUUGCCAAGUGGAA